UCAAAGUGGGCGUGGCCAGCAGAAGAGAGGAAGUGCAGAUGAGCUGUCAGAACAACAGUGAAGAAAAAGAGUGUGAGAGAAGCUGUGCAUGAAACCAAAGUUACUAAUGCAUCCAAUCCAAUGAAUGUUGCUCGAGUGAUACUUGUUCUAAUAUUCUGCACACUGUUCAUAACAUCUUAUUUCACAAAUAAGUAUGUCCUGUCUAUCUUAAAGUUUACAUUUCCAACCAUUUUUCAGGGGUGGCAGACCUCUACUGGGGCUCUACUGCUACUGGUUACAUGGAAAGUUGGUUUGGUGGAAAUCAAUGGAUUCUCCAGAUCUGCAGCAUUUUCACAGCUUCCUGGAUCCUUUUUAUUUAUUGGAAACAUUUAUGCGGGGUCCAAAGCACUGUCGCUUUUGCCCAUUCCUUUUUUCUUCGUGUUACAAAAUGUCUCUGAAGUCUUUGUUUUUCUCAUGGUAACAGUAAUGCACAGAGAGAAAUCUUCAUGGAUGAAAUUAUUAAGUGUGUGUAUGCUGCUGGGAUCUUCCGCCAGCCUUAUUCUGUACAAUCCUCUGUUUGGUCCCAGUGGCUACAUAUGGGCGUCCAUCCAUCUGUUCUGUGUUGGUGCAUAUAAAGUAUUCCAGAAAAAUACAAAGACAAGCCAUCUGAGUGAUCUUGAAGAGCAAUUCAUCAACUAUGUGACCAGUGCAUUGUUACUUGCCUCACUUGCACACUCAACAGGUGACCUGUCUGGUGCCUUAGAUUUCCCUCUCUUGACCUCAUACAGGUUCCAUACUGGCUGCUUGGGCAGCGCUAUAUUCAGCUUUUGUCUGAUGUUGGCAACCGUAAAACUGAAGAACAGUCUGCCUCAGGAGCACUGUGGAGUCUGCUGCUUCCUGGCCAAGGUACUGGCCUCAGGUCUUUCCCUUUCCACAUUCAACACUGAGCUCAGUCCGGUGACACUGUGCUGCGUCUUCCUGAACUACACCGGAGAGGCCUUGUUCCUGUAUUCUGACAAAUUUCAUUAAGUUUGUUGAAGAAAAUGGCCAGUGCCUUUGAAGAUUCUCCAAAUCAGUCACUUCAAGGCUUUAUAAAUUGACCAAAGCCAGUUGCCGCAAUGAGAUUAUUCCAAUAUAAGCCUUGAAACGCCCAAAACUCUUUUUUUACUCCUUUUGUUUUUCUGUAUUUUUCUAUUUACUUCUCUUUUCACCCCCUUAUUUCCAGUCUGAGACACUUUAAACCAAAUAUUUGGGGAAAAAAAUUAUAUAUAUAGUUGUUUACCAUUUACUGUAAUUUCCUACAUUUUAAUGUGGGCAGUUAAUUGUAGUCUAAUUCAGACUCUGUUCUGUUUUUGCACCAGAAGUUUUGUACAAUUUUUCAAGAUGUUCUAUUUCAGAAGCAGUGUUUGUACUUCCUGUUAGUGUUCAACCUUUCCACAUCAUUGUCCUGCAGUGUUUACUUUUAAGAGUCCUGGAUCACAUCCUGAAUACUGUCCCACCUUAGAUCAGUAUGCUUUAUGAGAAUGAAUUAAGAUGAAAUGGGAAAACAUCAGUGCAUGAGCCCUCUGUAGCUCUAAUGUGGUUUUUAAAAAUAUUUUUGUUACAUAAAGAUGUGGUAAAAAAUUAGUCCUGCAAAAAGUACUGUGAUUUAUUAUUGCAUUUACUGUAUUUCAGAGACACUUUGUAUACUGUAAUUUUGUAUUUCUAAAGCUUCUCUCAUUGAAAUUGACCAUGUAUUUUAUUAUGAAAUAAUUCUGUUUUCUUAGUAUUUUAAAUCACUUUUUUGCAAAAGUAAAUAAAAGAAUUCCAUUGA